AUGGCUCGUUUAGCUAAUAAUCCGGCCGUAUCCCGAGUUCUUUCCGGGAAUACAAAGCCAAUAACGCAAGCAACUGAAGGAGUUUCAUCCAACUCCAUUGAACUGGAUUUUGUGAAGAGGCGCUUCCUUCAACAGAAUAAAGUGUUAGCUACUAAGAAUUCAGAACUCAUGGCGAGAAUCAGUAAGUUGGAGGACCAAUUGGCAUCUGCCCAGAGCGAUAAUCUUUCUUUACGAAAUGCUGAGGUUAAGAUGAGGGAUCACUUUGGGAAGAGUUUGGACUCGCUGGAAAUAGACGUCAUAGAGAAGUUUGAGAAUAUACUUUCACAGAUCAAUCGGAUGCGCCGCGAACUAUCAGUUAGUGAAACUAUAGCCGAAAGCCGACUAAGAGAAUUAAAAGAGGCAAAGAUACAGGAAAUCAGAAAUCGAGAACAGCAAAACACAGAACGUUGGAAACGACGGAGAAGAAGCCUUUCGAUACGAGCAGAAACCGUUGACCCGCAAACGCCUGUCGUGAUCUCAACUCCUGAGCCGGAGCAUCCAGUAGUUAAUGAUCUCUGCACGCCAGCUACUGUUGAUACCGAAAACACUGCCCAUAGAGAGAUCGUUAAUAUAUCUGGACCUGCAGAUGUUGGAGAAGUUGUGCACGAACAGGAGACACAACCUCCACCUUCAGACACAAAUGGCUCUCCUGAGCUUUUGGCGACCCCUCCGCAAUCAAAAGGAAGAGAGACGAAAGCCAUCGAAAUUCAGAGCCUAUCUCCGGAACAGCUCUUGAAACCAAAACGUCCAACAAUUUACCAAGACAAUGUCGACCCGCUCUCCAUGCCCACUCGUGCAAACAAGCGUAAGUCCUUUUCGCCUCAUCACUCAGUUCACAAGCUACGAAGGAAGUCUAUUAUUGGAGACUCUUCAGACGCUAAAUCGCGGCGUGCCACUAUUAUAGGAGUCAGAAGAAGCCGCAAAACGCAAAGAGAACCCUUGUCGCAAAUGGAUUCGAAUGUUCCCGCUCAACCGCAGAAUCGGGAAGAAACCCCGGCAGAUUCAGUGUUCGAUUUUAUGGAGACCACUGUUAAUGCCGACCAAGAGAACUUGAAUCGACAGCGUAGAAAAAGCAUGAGCUUCCGUCGCACAGCUAGAGGUAUAGAGGAGAUUAAUUAA